CUGGGGGCGGAGUUAUGGACCUGUAGGGCGGGGCUCUGCGUGACCAGGGUGGGCUCGGGAGCGACGGAGGCGGGCUCGGGACUCUGGGGGCGGCCCCGGUCCUGGCUUGGGCGGGGACCCGGGCUGUGGCAGGAAGCCGGAAGCAGCCGCGGCCCCAGCUCGGGAGACAUGGCGGGCGUUAAAGCUCUCGUGGCAUUAUCCUUCAGUGGGGCUAUUGGGCUGACUUUUCUUAUGCUGGGCUGUGCCUUAGAGGAUUAUGGCGUUUACUGGCCCUUGUUCGUCCUGAUUUUCCACGCCAUCUCCCCCAUUCCCCACUUCAUUGCCAAAAGAGUCACCUAUGACUCCGAUGCCACCAGUAGUGCCUGUCGGGAACUGGCAUAUUUCUUCACUACUGGAAUUGUCGUUUCUGCCUUUGGAUUUCCUGUUAUUCUUGCUCGUGUGGCUGUGAUCAAAUGGGGAGCCUGUGGCCUUGUGCUGGCAGGCAAUGCAGUAAUUUUCCUUACAAUUCAAGGUUUUUUCCUUGUAUUUGGAAGAGAAGAUGAUUUUAGCUGGGACCGGUGGUAGCACUUUAUUAUGACAGAAUGCAUUGAAUUUCUUAGCAUUCAUACUCUAGGUAUAUGUGUGCACAUAUGGCAUUUUACUAUGAAAUUUAAUAUGCUGGGUUUUUUUAUACCUUGAUAUCAUGUUCACUUUAAGGACUACUUCUUGAGUAAAAGAUUAGUUUUUUUCUCAGCAAAUAGACCUCUCAAGUUUAGAUUGUGUUACUUCUUUGCUGUUCAUAUAAUCAUGGUGCUCUCAGAAAAUAUAUUAGCAGAGUCUUAUAGACAGCUGCUCACAUAUGCAGUGGGUCUUUUGCCUGGGGAUGUGCUGUGGGAGGCAGGUAGCCCCGAAGCAGGUGUCUCAUGGCCCAGAAAGGCAGAGGUGGCUCCCUUUUUGUGUUGUAGACCCUUGCUUCUCCAAGUGUGGCCCACAGACCAAGAGCAUUGACAUUUCCUGGGAGCUAAUGAGAAAUGCAGAAUGAGAAGCCCCCCCUUACCCCAACUCCAGUGCAUUUUGAUGAGAUCCAAGCAAAUCGUAUGCACAUUAAAGUUUGAGAAGAGUUGUCACAGAGGAAGAAACGUUACACCUAACUUCCUUGUCUGCCCCAUGGCUGAACCACUUAACCUCUCUGGGUGUUACCUGCUCAUUUGU